AGCGCCGGCAGCGGACAAACAGUCGCCGUUCCGCCAGCACAAAGUGCAGUACUCAAGCCGCGAAAUUAAAGUAAAGCUAAAACAUAAUGUCGACGAUCGGAAAGAUCGGAUUCCUGGGCGGUGGCAAUAUGGCCAAAGCUUUGGCCAAGGGGUUCCUGGCAGCCGGUUUGGCCAAACCCAGCACUCUGAUAGCCAGUGUGCAUCCGGCGGAUAAGCUCUCCCUGCAAUCCUUUCAAGCCCUGGGAGUGGAAACAGUGGUUAAGAAUGCACCUGUUGUGCAACAAUCAGACGUGGUCUUUGUGUCCGUGAAACCCCAAGUGGUGCCCUCGGUUCUAUCGGAGAUUCAACCAAUCAGCUCCGGCAAACUAUUCCUCUCCGUGGCCAUGGGCAUCACCCUGUCCACCAUCGAGUCCAGUCUUUCCCAGCAAGCUCGUGUGAUCCGCGUGAUGCCAAAUCUGCCGGCAGUGGUUUGUUCAGGCUGCUCGGUAUUCGUUCGUGGAUCCCAGGCCACCGAUGCAGAUGCAGAGGUCACUCAAAAGCUUCUGCAGUCCGUGGGCACUUGCGAGGCGGUGGAUGAGUCCCAGUUGGAUGUGGUCACUGCCCUAAGUGGCAGUGGACCCGCCUAUGUGUUUGUGAUGAUUGAGGCUUUGGCCGACGGAGCCGUUCAUAUGGGAAUGCCCAGGGAUCUGGCCUACCGCCUGGCAUCGCAAACCGUCCUUGGAGCUGGUCACAUGGUUCGGGACAGUGGACUGCAUCCCGGACAGCUCAAAGACGGGGUCACUAGUCCGGCGGGCUCGACGGCGGCGGCACUCAGACAACUGGAGCUGUCAGGUUUUCGGGCAGCAGUGGCUGGAGCGGUGGAGCAGGCAACGCUGCGAUGCCGGCAAAUCUCGGGCAAGAAGGCGUAGACACUUUGGAUUUUAUAUACAUACAAUAGGGUGGGUCGAUUUGGUUAACAAUCUAAUCAUAGCUUAAAAAAGUUCUUAAAUAAAAGUGAUACUGGUUAAAGAAAAA